AAUUGCAGCAAUUAAUAAAUUGAUAAAACUACUCCUGUUCUCUGAGCCACCAGAGCGAAGAGCGUCCAUCAAUCUGCUCAGUUUCAGAGAAGAAAGGAAGGAAAUGGAUUUCGAAGCUGUGAAGAAGCUUUUGGAGAAGGAACGAGGUGAGGACGACAAGAACGCAACCAUCAUACCAAAUAUGCCUUCGAGAUUUUUCGAGCGAUUUAUAAUGCAGGGCCUUCGCAUCGAUCUCAUCGAACCUGGCCGCAUUAUUUGUUCCAUGAAAGUACCCUCUCGCUUGCUGAAUUCUGCUGACACUCUUCACGGUGGGGCUACGGCGACUCUUGUGGACUUAGUGGGUUCGGCUGUGAUUUUCACUCAUGGAGCCUCCGUUACCGGAGUUUCAGUAGAGAUUAAUGUUUCAUUCUUGGAUGCGGUUUACGUUGAUGAGGAAAUUGAGAUUGAGGCAAAGACUUUACGUAUCGGGAAGGCUGUUGGUGUUGUCAGUGUGGAGAUCAGGAAAAAGAAAACUGGGAAAAUUGUCGCUCAGGGGCGCCAUACCAAGUACCUUGCUGUCACUAGUAAGAUAUAGACUUUUCUUUUGGGCAACCUCUUACGGAGCCUGUGAUUGGG